GAAGAAGAAGAAAAGGCUUGAAAAUAAAGGAGAGGUCCCGAAAGAAGUAUAAAAGGGAUGGAUGUUUACCAGAACACAGAUAGAAAGAAAGAAAGAAAGAAAGAAAUCCAACCGCUCCUUUUUUUUUCUCCAAAAUGGCCCCCAUCACGCAGUAUAUCAGUGCUUUCUUCGCCUCUCUCUCUCUCGUUCUUCCUCCUACAGCAGCAGCAACAUCAUGCUGUAACCCAGAGGUGGGAACCCAUAUGCACCACGAAUACAUCCUCAACAACUACCUCGACAUCUGGAACGGGGAUCUCUCCCUCAUCAACUCGACCUUCUCCCCCGACCUCGCCUUCCAUUCCGAUCGCUUCCCCUCCUCCACCGGCGUCGGCAGCGUCGCCAUCCAAAUCCCCACGGCGCAGGCAUUCCGCGCUUUCGUCAUCCGGUCCCGGACAGGCUGGAACCAGUAUACAUUCCACCCGUACAAGUGGGCCGCGGAUGGACUGAACAUCGCGGUCCGCUGGCGCCUCGAGGCCGUAAUGGGCCACAAUUUCACUCUUGCUCCAACGACGUUGAAGCCCGGGGACCCGGUGACCUAUAACGGCACGGAUUUCCUCCUGCUGGACCCGUGCACGGGCUUGAUUGAAGAAGCCAAUAUUGCGCAGGAUCUGAUUACCUUUUUCCAUAAUUUGGGAUUAGAGGCCGUUACGGUGUAAUCUGUUUGGGUACAUGUUGAAUCACCGAUGUACUAUAUACCUGAUCUGAUGGCUACCUUAAUCAAGCCAGAUAGGGGAGCCACUAGAAGAGUUGCAUGGAGGAAUUUUUAUCUGCCCUAGUUUGUAUUGUGAUUGGGAAGAAAAAGGGGGUGGGAUACUUUGCCAGAAUUUGCUAUGGUUAUUUCAUCGUGUGAUUAGAAUAGAAUAGUUAGUUCCCGUCCUGUUUAGAUAUGUACUGCAUUUUAUCUGGACAGAUAUAUAUCAUAUAUGUAUAC